AUUAAAUGUCUACUUAAGACACUAGGUCAUUUUUGCACAAUUUUCCUUCUUUCUCCUCCGUAAUUGGAAAUUGCAUCACUUGAAUUAUUAAUUCCGGAGAAAUUCUCAAGUUGAGAAGCAAACGAAAAUCCUAUUUCUCUCACAGAUUCGCUUCCUCUGCAAAAACGGUUCGAUUCAGCCAUGAAAUCUGAACAUCAGCCUGUCAUUCCGGGAUUGCCGGAUGACCUGGCUUUGCGGUGCCUUGCGAAAUUGUCCCAUGGGCACCAUGGAUUGCUGGAAACUGUCUCAAAGAGAUGGAGAAAUUUAAUUCGUAGCUCAGACUAUGCCCAUUAUAAAGCUAGAGAAGGAUGGUGUGGAAAUUGGCUUUUUGUACUAACCGAAAACUCCAAAAACCAAUGGGUAGCCUAUGAUCCUGAAGCGGAUAGAUGGCACCCUCUACCGAUUUCUACUGAGGAUUUUGCUAGCUGGCAUCAUUUUGGGUUUUCAUGUGUUUGCAUUGGUAAUCGAUUUCUUGUGAUCGGUGGAUCCUAUACGCUCAAUGAUUCUUCACACCCCAAUCAAAAGCCUGUGGUAACCAAUCGUGUGUUGCAGUUUGAUCCAUUUAAGAAAGAGUGGAAAAGCCUGGAAAAAAUGCGAACGCCUCGUUCUCAUUUUGCUUGCAAUGUCAUCUGUGGUAAGGUUUAUGUUGCUGGGGGCCGCAACUUAUCUUGCAUUGGAGGGCUUGCUCUUGCUGAGGUUUAUGAUCCACUUGUAGAUAAAUGGGAGGAAUUGCCACCAAUGCCCAACCCGCAGGUGGAUUGCUUAGGUUUAUCAUAUAAAGGGAUAUUUCACGUAUUGAGUGACCAGGUAGGGCUAUCAGACAUCAACACAUCCCAAGUAUUCGAUCCAUUAAAAGAAACAUGGUGCAUGGUGGAGGACAUCUGGCCAUUCUCAAGGGCAACGCAAUUCUCAGUUCAGGUGAUGGAUGAUGGUCGAGUAUAUACAGUUGCUGAUUGGGGUGAAAGCUUGAUAAAAACAAGAGAUACUGAAAAAGGAGAAUGGUAUGAUGUUGGUGCGGUUCCUGCAGUGAUUCUUGAAAACCACCCACGUGCAUUGGAGUCGUUUGGUUAUGGUUUUGCUAACUUAAGAGGGGAAUUAUAUGUAUUGGGUGGAAAGGUUCUAAAGUGGGAAGAGGCAGGAACGGGGAGAUUUGAUAUAGUGAGAUUGGGUUUAGUGAGAGUUUGCAAUCCAGUAGAGCGACCAUUAAAUUGGAAGGAAGCUAGAGGAAUGUGCCAGCCAGCACGUGGCUCUGUAGUAGGAUGUGCGACUUUAGAAGAGUAAUUGGUGGACUGUUGCGGAGAAACAUAAACAGAAAGCUCUGGCAGUGGAGGACAACAUGUUUUAUUAGUAGCUAAGGAGCCUGGAAAUGCAACAAGAGUAAGUAGAAUUGGCCGUUAUAUGCAUACACCUCUUGGGCAAGACGACCAACCGCAGCUGAAAGCUUGUCCUUUGCUUGUUCCAGGAUUCGACAGUACUAUGAUUGUUUUGAUCAUAAUAUUAUAUUUUUCUUGACAAAUGUUGUGCUUAAACUUGGUUCAAUGUAUUUGAUUUGUUCUUGACAUAUGUAUUGUGCUAAGAGUUUUUCAUUAUCUUGAUACAGCACUUAUGAAAAUUAAUAUUACCAUAGAUUCUUCAUAAA